GCACUUGGCCGCGACUGGGCUGUCUCCCGCCUGCGUGACAGUCAGGGGCGGGAGCAGAAUUAGCCACUGGUCCCUGGGACCUGCACUUGGAGAACUAAGCUGAGCUCCCGGCUCUGCCCGGUACCCGGCGACAACCCACGAUCCAGACGCUGCCCGGCCUUGGGGUUGGUUGUCGGUGGCUCGACGGCCCGCGGGCAAAGUGGGGUGGGAGGAGGCCCGGGCCCGGGUGCUCCUUACGAGAUGAGCCGGGCUAAAAGCAGCCGCUGCUUCAGUCGCAGCCUCUGCGGUGGCCUCCCGCGAGUCCUGGUCCCCUCGCCCUCGCGCGCCAUGCUGUCCUCCGGCCACCGGAGCCCGCAGAGCAGCCCACUUCUCCUACCCAGGCGCUGCUAACCCACGAGAGCGAGUUCUUGACCGGGAGGUCAACUGGCCGCGUGGUACCUCGGGGGAGGCGGAACCGUGGUCCCCAGGAGCCUCGGCUCCGCCCUCCGACUCUCCAGCUGCCACCGGGCGCCCGGCAGCGAUGGGGGCGCUGCUGGCGCUCUGUCUGCUCGUGGGUUUGCUGCGCUGGGGCCCGGCGGGCGCACAGCAGCCUGGGGAAUAUUGCCACGGCUGGGUGGACGCGCAGGGCACCUAUCACGAGGGGUUCCAGUGUCCCGAGGACUUCGACACGCAGGACGCCACCAUCUGCUGCGGCUCGUGUGCGCUGCGCUACUGCUGCGCUGCAGCCGACGCCAGGUUGGAGCAGGGCGGCUGCACCAACGACCGCGGAGAGCUGGAGCAUCCUGGCAUCACCGCGCAGCCUGUCUACGUCCCCUUCCUGAUCGUCGGCUCCAUCUUCAUUGCCUUCAUCAUUUUGGGCUCAUUAGUGGCUAUCUAUUGUUGCACCUGUUUGAGACCCAAGGAACCCUCCCAGCAGCCGAUCCGCUUCUCACUCCGAAGCUAUCAGACAGAGACCUUGCCCAUGAUCCUAACCUCCACCAGCCUCAGGGCAGCUUCUAGGCAGUCCAGCACGGCCACCAGCUCCAGCUCCACAGGCGGCUCUGUCCGAAGGUUCUCCUUUGCCAGGGCUGAGCCAAGCUGCCUGGUACCGUCCUCACCUCCACCUUACACCACUGGCCACACCAUACACCUAACCCAACCAUCCGGUUUCCUGGUGUCACCCCAGUAUUUUGCAUACCCUCUCCAACAGGAGCCCCCAUUACCUGGGAAGAGCUGUCCAGAUUUCAGUUCCAGCUGACGGGGCAAUGGUUGUGAAUAGGCCAUACAGCGGAACGGCAGCCAGGUGGAGUGUUGCUGUUUUGGCCAAGCCACGAUCACUUCUGAGGAAAUUUGUGGUAACCCGUCAUACUCAUGGAAGAAAGGUCCAGAAAGAUUCAGCAUUUUCUAGUCUUGAGGUCCUUGGCUACAAUUACAGGAGAUCUGACCUAGCAACCACGGUGAACAUGACAACUUUUAUUCGCCUUUUGUUAAAAUAUUCAUCAGCUUGAUGUUCAGUUUGCGAGUUGAAAGAAAAUAUUUUACUGGACAAUUCAGCUAUCCUUUGUAGAAAAGUGCCCUGUGUUCCUUUUCCUGUGUUGAAUUAUAGUACAAAUAUAUAUACAUAAAUAAGGAAGGGCAUAUACUUAACUGUAAUUAUAAAAGGUUCACUUAAAAAUUAACUGUUAAGUAAGCUUGAAGGGCCAGUGAACUACCUAUUUAUAAUUUUUGGAGCAACCUAACCAUAAGUAAUAUUAGUACGAUGAGAACAUUUACUUCUUAAAUUAAUAACAAAUUUUGUUUAAAAUAUGAGUUUUCUUUUUCCAAAAUACAAGGUUUCAGUAACCACAUGGGAAGCUUAAAGUUUUAAAUAUAUACUCAGACAUUCAUUGUAACACAGAUUCUGGGUAAAAAUCACUUCCCCCACCAACCUGAGGGAAUAUUUAUUGCAGACUUUUUGUUCAGCAAUAUUAGUGUUUAAAUGGAAGUUGGACAAUUGGGUCUUAAAACAUUUAUUUGUAUAAAGGAUUAUAUAUAAAAGUGAAGAUUUGUAAUUUAAUUUACUUACCACAUUGACAGUACUAAUUACUUAGAAGUCACACUGUAACUUUGCUCAAAGUUGGGGGGGGUCAUUAUUGUAAGCAGACAGUAUUCCACAUUUUAUGUGCCACUGUGUUUGAUGUCUGGUGACAACACAUAAGGACCAGGCUAGAAAAAAUAAAUAAGUUUAUCUGGUUUCCUGAACUCUA